CAACACUGCUUCCUGUGUCUGUAAUGAUGAGGUAUAUGUAGCUUUACAGAAAUGUAAGCGUGUCCCUUUAGCAACAUAUUUGUCCAUUAUCACAGGGUUUUAGUUUUUUAGAAAAACCCAUAGAACGGAAGAUGGCUUAUUUAACAAACAACCCGGCUGAUGAAAACAGGUACUUGUGUAUAUAUCCAGCCUACAUUAACAGUAAAAAGAGCUUAGCAGAGGGUCGAAGAAUACCACAAGAAAAGGCUGUGGAAAACCCUUCCUGUGCUGAAAUCAAGGAUGUACUAACUGCGGCAGGAUUGAAUGUCAGAGUUGAGAACAAGCUGUAUCCAAGGGAAUGGAAUAGAGAUGUACAGUUCAGAGGAAGAGUACGAGUUCAAAUCAAACGAGAUGAUGGAAGUUUGUGUCAAGACAAAUUUACCUCCAAAAAAGAUGUUAUGCUCUAUCUGGCUGAGAUGAUUCCAAAGUUAAAGACAAGAACACAGAAAAGUGGAGGAAGUGACACAGGAGCGCAACAAGGAGAAGGAGGGAAGAAAGGGAAGAAGAAGAAGAAGUAACAAUAAGAAGCCCCUGAAGAUUUAUUGAUACAAGCAUAAAAAUUCUUAUUUUACGGUUGUUUAUGAUUCUGUUCCAUUUCUUGACAAUACAGAAUAUACACUAGGCCUUAACAGUUCUGUCACUUUUCAAGUUUCAAGUUUUGUGGACAUGAUCAAUGUUCAUCAUUAAAUCAUAAACAAAAUCUAAUCAGCAACUAAAUUUUAUUUAAACCUCUACACUUCUGAUGUUUGUAUUGUUUUAGUUAUAUUACAGUAUUAAACAUUUCAAAUGAA